CCUAAAUGUUUCGGCGCCUGCGCAGAUUGGGGAAAGUUCUGGAAGACAGCGGAGGUGCCGCCAUUUUGCGGGAAGAGGAGAAGCUCCGAAUGCAGUGCUGCUUUUACUGCUGAGACUCUGGAAAAUAGCCCUGCUUCGCGCCCCCAACACACCCAAAGGAACGGAGGAAACCGGGGCCCCCUGCGGGGACCCGGAACUGAUCUGCUACGAUGGCGUCCGAUGACUUUGAUAUAGUGAUUGAAGCCAUGCUGGAGGCUCCCUAUAAAAAAGAAGAGGAUGAUCAGCAAAGGAAAGAAGUUCAAAAAGAUGGCCCCAGCAACACCAACGCCAGCAGCAAUGGCAACAGUGGCAGUGGUACCAAUGGGAGCAGUGCCAGUGGGGAGGCAAGCAAGAAAAAGAGGAGUCGGAGCCCUAGUAAAAGCAGGGAUAGAAAGCGCAGUCGCAGUCGAGAUCGGGACCGGCACAGGCGGAGAAGCACUCGGAGCCGAAGUCGAGAGCGGCAGCGUCGCCACCGCAGCCGGAGCUGGGACCGUCGGCACAGCAGUGAGUCACGCAGUCGGGACCGGCGGCGUGAGGAUCGUGUGCGUUACAGGAGCCCGCCACUUGCCACUGGGCGUAGGUAUGCGCACAGUAAGAGUCCUCAUUUCAGAGAGAAGAGCCCAGUCAGGGAACCAAUUGAUAAUCUGAGUCCCGAGGAGCGUGAUGCCCGCACGGUUUUCUGUAUGCAGUUAGCUGCCCGCAUUCGGCCUCGAGACCUGGAGGACUUUUUCUCUGCUGUCGGCAAGGUUCGUGACGUCCGGAUCAUCUCAGAUCGGAAUUCCCGUCGUUCUAAGGGCAUCGCCUACGUAGAAUUCUGUGAGAUCCAGUCUGUGCCACUGGCCAUUGGGCUGACUGGGCAGCGGCUGCUCGGAGUGCCCAUCAUUGUCCAGGCCUCACAGGCUGAGAAAAACCGACUGGCAGCCAUGGCCAACAACCUGCAGAAGGGCAGUGGUGGACCAAUGCGCCUCUAUGUGGGCUCCCUGCACUUCAAUAUCACUGAAGACAUGCUCCGGGGCAUCUUUGAGCCCUUUGGCAAAAUUGAUAAUAUUGUCCUGAUGAAGGAUUCAGAUACAGGCCGUUCUAAAGGUUAUGGUUUUAUUACGUUCUCAGACUCCGAGUGUGCUCGGCGAGCCCUGGAACAGCUGAAUGGCUUUGAGCUUGCUGGUCGACCUAUGAGAGUUGGUCAUGUGACCGAGCGACUGGAUGGUGGCACGGACAUCACUUUUCCGGAUGGGGACCAGGAGCUGGAUCUGGGAUCAGCAGGUGGACGUUUGCAGCUCAUGGCCAAAUUGGCAGAAGGCUCUGGAAUGCAGCUGCCUACUACCACAGCUGCUGCUGCUGCUGCCCAGGCUGCUGCUGCCUUGCAACUGAAUGGGACAGUUCCCUUGGGGGCCCUGAACCCUGCGGCUCUGACUGCUCUGAGUCCAGCCCUGAACCUCGCCUCCCAAGCAAUCGCCUCCCAGUGCUUCCAGCUUUCCAGCCUCUUUACCCCUCAGACCAUGUAAAUCAGUGGCUCAGUACACUGCCUCCCUGUGCCUCUGGGUGCCACUCCCUUUUCCACGUCUACCCUUCCAUGGCCCCUUCUCUCCAUUUUGUGGACCAAGCUAUCCUGAGGGCGUGGAUGUUGACUCUGUGGGAAUUGGGGCCACCUUUAGACUCCAAGAAGAGCUCCUGCCCAGGGCCCCAUCGGGAAUGGACUCUGCUGAGCAAAGCCAGCAGUUGAAGAGGACAGAAUCUGCACCUAUAUUGAACACCUGUUUUUCCGUGUGUGUCAUCUCCCGGGAUGACCUUCAUUGCUCUCUCCGACCAACUCUUAGUGAUUCCUCGAUUCCUCCCCCGUUGGGAAGGCCGUAGGGCAUUAACUGAGGGAACUAACCUCUCUCCUUUUCCUGUACUUUUACCCUACAAUCUGUUGAGGAAAACCCUUGAAGACCUCUAGUCCAAGAGGACUUUGCAGUUUGGAAGGUGAACCUUGAAAGUGCUGGCUUGCUGCUGCACAGGCCUUGGAAGAUGGCAUGGACAUGAACAUUGUGAAGCCUUCCUUGGGUCUCAGCUUGAGGCCAGAACUGCUACUGUGGGCUCAGCCUCUUACUGAGAAGUAUGGGAGUAAUCUGUCCUGCCAGGCAUUUUGGAUGUCUUAGGGGCAUCCAGGAGUUGAGUGAAAGGUGGGGUACUUCUCUAGUAGGUUCCAUUUUGCUCUGUAUAGUUUUCCUUCUUCCCAGGUCUUUCCUGUGGCCCAGGGUGGGAGGAUGGAGAGGAGGCUGCUAUUCUCUACCACUUCCCAUGUGCCUCUACCAUGGGCUCAACCCCAGCUGUUAAAGCUGCUCCUGUCCCCUACCUGGGCACAUGUGAGCCCUUCUCACUGGAUUUUAUACCCUUGUGUCUGUGUACAUAAAAUUGUGUGUGUGUGUCUGUGUGUGUGUAUGUGUACACGUAUACACAUACACAUACACAUACGUAUAAACUUUGUAUAAAAGGCAAGCUCCACUGUUGGGGCGGCUGCUGCCCAUGUGUGUGUGGUCUCAGUCAGUUGGUGUAUCUGUCUGAUGUUAAUAACUUUUCAUGAGCCAAAACCGUGAAUGGUUCUAGGAUAUAAAACAUUUGUAAUGCCUUUCUGUUUUUUCCCUUUAAUUUUGUUUUAUCUAACGUUCUUUAGAAAUUAAAAUGGAUGAAAGGCA